AUGGCAUCUCCAGAGAAGAUUACUUUAAAGCCAGGAAAAAUCACCAGUACGCGAUGUUCUCAGUGUGACUUCAGCACAGGCAGUUCUGCAUCGAUCGUUUUCCCGGGUACCCAGCUGAAGGGAUGCGCAUUUCAUUGGUGCCAGGCUGUUCUGCGCCACGUCCAGCACCUGGGGCUAAAGGCAACUUAUGAGCGGAGAGAGGGAGCCCACCAGCUCAUCAGGAAGCUCUUGGCGCUUCCAUUUCUUCCAGGACAACACAUAGAGCGCGCCUUCAUCAAGCUUAAAGACCGGGCCGAGGGGAGUUCGAACCAGAUGAAGGAACUCUUCACGUACGUUGAAGAUCAGUGGAUGGAGAGCUCCCUCUGGAGCACCACUGAGUGGUCUGUGUACCGACAGACGAUACGAACCAACAAUGACACCGAAGGAUGGCAUCGCCGUUUGAACUUUUCUGCCGGUCGGUCAAUCCUGCAGUUUUACGUUUUGCUGAGUCUGCUGCUGAGGGAAUCCAAAAUGGUGAAGGUAACACAUCAACUGGUGUCAAUGGACGUUUUUAUUGACAUUUGA